CGGGUUGAUACUUCCAUCGUUCGAAAUUUCAGCUUUGACUGACUCGGAAGACCACCGAUUUUUUUUAGUUAUGUGUAUAUUAGAGCAAAACUUGAACUUAAGAUUUAUAGUUAAUUAUGUGAACACAACACAUUUACACAGUUUUAGGUUGUAUCGUUCUUGCAACAUACUCUACAUCAGAUCUGAACGCAGCUAAUCGGGUAUUUAUAUCACGUAUAGUAGUGUCUAUAAUAGACAAUCCAAUCGAGGAGUAAUGCUACAGCAAACUGCAUGGAAACAUCAUGACUGAUGUAUCAUGCCAUGAUAUGGCCUACCAAGAUUAAAGUCGUAAUCUAAGUGAGCAACCGUGUCAUAAAAGAAUAACGACAGAGAUUAAAUUUACUUCCUGCCAGUUCUUACAUGUCUGAUGGAAUGGCUAAUGGCGACGCCGGACGUAAAACUCGAAACAUAAAAGCUCCUACGCAUCGACCUCUAGCGAGUAGCAGGGGCAACAUUUUGGUAGCCGGCUGAACAUUUUUCUUGGCCAAUCGUGACCUGCUGUACCACAGCUAUAACAGUUAUUAUGUUUCCCGACCAAAAUUGUAGUACCGAUGAAAGUAAUGAUCCAGAUAGAACAGCAGGUAUUCAAACCUUGGUUGGUAAGACUCAGCUUCUUGUACACAAGUCUCUUAGAAAGGUGCCUUUACGGGACUUCGAUUCGGAAGUGCGCGCUGCCCGGGACCUCGCGUCCGAAAUCUCGGUUAUCAUGGACAUCCAUGAGAACAGUUUAGUCAUUAUCAUGGAAUUACUACUUAACAAAAUGUUAAGCGGGAAUUCGAAGCUGGUUAAUUUUGCGUUACAGGGUGUCUGUUUCGCUAAUAGCGGUAAUGUUAUUUCCGAUUCACUUGUGUCAGUGUCAUGCGAUCAACGCGACAACCACUUUAUGGUGUUUAACAGCAGCUUUUUGUGCGUCCCUUGCGUUGUACCGAUCAACAGCCGCCACAUUGGCGUGUGUCGCUUAGCUACUCCAGUCAAUUUUGGUUCAACCGCAGAGCGGGUUUAUUUCAUCGUUGCGGCAGUAACACCACUUAAUACCAAGGCUACGAAGACUCCACUUGAGGUAUUACGAACAUUCGCGACGCUACUGUCUAACCCAUCAAUACGUCAUCGACUCAUCGACGAAGCUAAAACAGAGGCCGACUUUAAAAGAAUUCUAACUGAUUUAGAUAAUUUUGUCCUCUUUCAAACCUCGACAACAGAUGGCGAUUUCGAACCACCAGCGAAGUCUAAAUUUUACCCAUUUCGAGGAAUUAUUCAGGAUCUUCGACGGCGACUUCCCCACUAUCUGUCAGAUUUCACUGAUAGCGUUAGAGACCAACGCUCGAUCUAUAAGACGAUAUCCACUACGCUGUUUCUCUACUUCAGCAUUCUACUGCCGGUGAUCGCGUUCGGAACACUGAAUAACACCAAUACCGAUGGUCGACUGAACGUCCGGAAAACGCUUAUCAGUCAGGUGAUCGGAGGUUUAUAUUUUUCUUUGAUCAGUGGCCAACCGCUUGUCAUUUUGAUGACUACGGCGCCGCUUUCACUGUUCGUAAAAAUCGUGCACAGUAUAAGCCAAGAAUGGAAAACUGAUUUCGGAGUGAUGUACGCCUGUGUGGGAUUCUUCUGUUGCGCCUUCCUUGCACUCUAUGCGGUUUUCGACGUCUCCCGGAUAACGCAGUGGUAUACACGUUCGACUGAAGAGAUAUUUUCGUUGUUUAUCACCAUUGCGUUGUUUGUAGAUGCGGGAAAAGACGUUUACCACAACUUUCAAAGAUACUACAGUCCGUGCCAACUCAAUCGCUCUUCAUCCGCGUAUGAGGUAAGCGGACUUGGAAGAUCAUCAUUGGGCGUUCUGGUUGAACAAGCCGGAGUGGGUGGUUUCGCUGAUAGCGUAGGUCCGUGCCGUCGCGAAGUAUCACUUCUGUUUAUUAUCCUCAUGCUGGCAACGCUCUGGUUAGGUCUCACCUUGUCCAAUCUCACCCGAACGCCGUACCUCUCGCCGAAACUACGUGAACUGCUCUCGGAUUAUGCACUUCCGUUAGCUGUGAUUGCUGUUUCACUAGUUGGGGUUUUCAUCUUUCCGGAACUACCCACUAACGACUUUAGAGACGACAACGAUGGUUGGAUUUUCACAGUUGCCCGCAUUGAAUCGAUAGAUACUUUACCACUGCUUAUCUCAAUCGGGCUUGGUUUUGCACUUUCCCUCCUGUUCGUUAUGGACCAAAACAUCUCCGCAGCAAUGGUCGAGACAGCAGUUCACAAGCUAAAGAAAGGUACAGCAUACGACUGGGACAUACUGGUAGUUGCAGUCUUAAACGCGUUUCUCUCAAUUGUUGGCCUUCCAUGGAUGCACGGGGUACUGCCGCAUUCGCCGCUCCAUGCUCGAGCAUUAUCUGAUUCGGAGGAACGCGUCGUCGAAGGCUAUGUGCAGCACAUCGUGAUGAAGUCUCGCGAGACCCGGGUAACUUCAUUGGUGGCCCACAUCCUACUGGGCUUCUCGAUCCUGCUCUUGCCGCAUCCAUUGGGAUAUAUUCCAACGGCGGUUCUCGAUGGACUUUUUCUCUUCAUGGCUAUCUCUUCACUUCGGUCAAACCAGUUUUUCAAACGACUCCUUCUUUUCGUAACCGAACAAAGGUCGUAUCCGCCUUGUCAUUACGUGCGCCGUUGUACUCAAAGGUCACUUCACGUAUUUACGUGCUGUCAGUUAGUACAACUUUUUAUUUUUUGUGUCAUCGGCUUUUCUCCCUGGCCGUAUCUAACGAUGGCAUUCCCAGCAAUCAUCGUGGCAAUGUUGGCAGUUCGCCAGCUCCUCAUACCGCUCAUAGUGGACCGACGCUACCUGAAAUAUUUAGACAGCAAAGAAGACUAACUUAGCAAAUUUUCUAGCGGUGUUUCUGGUUUACACGUUUAGCUCUUCUGUAUACGAAGCUUCCAGUUUGCGUUAUCCUACACAUUCACGAAUCUAUUAGAGUUACCAAUAAUAUUAUAAUUUUAUAUAUUUUAAGGGCUACAAUAAUACAAAUCCUUAUCUAUAUGUGACAUUUUUCGGUGUGUAUUGAAAGAACCUUAACAAAAAGAACGGACACACAUUGAUAUAAAUAUAUGAUAUAAACGUCACAUAUCACACCACGAGUCUACAGACAGAAAUCAGUAGGUUCAAUUACUUACCAACGU